AUGUUCCAACUUGGGAGCCUCAUUGUCUUGUGUGGCCUGCUCAUCGGCAACUCAGAAUCACUUUUGGGUAAUAUUGGCAAUGCCCUGAACAGUUUGAACGUUGUGAAUUCUGCCGCUGGAGAUGUCCUUCCGAAACCAAACCUGGAUGUGAGCUCGCUUCAGGAAAUCACGGAUUUGCCAUUAGCCAAGAACAAUAUUCUAGGAAUUUUGAACACACUGGACCUUAGCAACUUAAACCUCCUUUCAUCUCAGAGUGGAUUAGGGUUGCAUAUCAACAAAUUGAAAAUCCUGGACUUGCAAGCUAGCUUGUCUUCUGAUGGCAAAGGCAUCGAUCUGAAGUUUCCUCUGGUUAUAGAUGCCUCUCUGUCUCUGCCUCUUCUUGGCUCCACGGCCGAUGUUGUUAUUUCCUUGGACCUCAUAAAUUCACUCACUGUUCAAACCGAUGCCAAGACUGGCCUUCCCACCCUGGCCAUAGGGAAAUGCUCCAGUGAUGCAGACAAAAUCUCCAUUUCCUUAUUGGGCAGACGAAACAUCCUUGUCAACAAGUUACUGGAUGAUGUAUCUAGCCUCCUUACAAAGACAGUGACAAGCCUUCUGCAAAACCAAAUAUGUCCACUGAUCCAGGGGCUCCUCAGUGGCCUGAACAUAAAUCUUAUUCAAGACCUCCUCUCUAAUCUACUAAAAGGAAACUUACCACUCCCCCUUUGA